GGUCUUUCGUGGCACAGCUUCCUCCCUAGGCGUGAGACUCCGGCUCCUUCACUAUGAGACUUCUAGCCCUUUCCGGUCUGCUCUGCAUGCUGCUCCUCUGUUUCUGCAUUUUCUCCUCAGAAGGGAGAAGACAUCCUGCCAAGUCCUUGAAACUCAGGCGCUGCUGUCACCUAUCUCCUAGAUCCAAGCUGACAACCUGGAAAGGAAACCACACAAGGCCCUGCAGACUCUGCAGAAACAAGCUACCAGUCAAGUCAUGGGUGGUGCCUGGGGCUCUCCCACAGAUAUAGGGCCUCCUCCGCCCAGAUGAAGCGUUGAUGCCCAGAUGUGGAGACACCAGAAGCAUACACACUAUGUUGCCUUGCCCCUUGCCAAUGAGCUGUGACACUGGAAUGCUUCACUUCAGACAUCAGGGCGGAUGGAUUGCAGAAUUCCAAGUCCUCAUUCCAAAGGUGUCACCAACCUUCAGAGUCACUAAGGUCCAGGCUCAGCCCACAAGUCACCAUGGCUCCUCCAGAGUAAAAGUCCAAGAUUCCACCUGUGGGAGCUACAGAUCCAGAGACUUUCAAGCUGACUAGAGUGCAGAGAAGCAAGACCUCAGUGUGAUCAGCCGAGACUACAGCAUCUUGGGAACCCUCAGUCAGCCCCAAACCCCUAACACUUAACCACUGGUCUCCAAACCAACACCUGUAACUUCCUAAUGAAAUCAUCAGGAGGAUACCAAAAGAAAUAAACCAUAAAUCAGCAUACACACUA